GUUGUUUAAGUGUGUAACACCUCCUCCCUCUUUCUCUUCCUCCAGCUCUGGUCAUGUGAAAUGCUGGCUCCCCCUUUGCUUUACACCAUGAUUGUAGGUUUCCUGUGGGCUCCCCAGAAGCUGAGCAGAUGCCAGCACCAUGCUUCCUGUACAGCCUGCAGAACUGUGAGCUAAUUAAACACCACUUUUCUUUAGAAAUUACCUAGUUUCAGGUAUUUCUUUAUAGCACUGAGAGAAUGGACUAAUACAAACUCCUAUGUAUCUAUUACUCAGUGUUAAUAAUUAUCAGCAUUUUGUCAAUCUUCUUUAAUCUGUUUCUUCCACCUGCUUUUCCCCCUAGAUUAUUUUAAAGAAAACUCAAGAUAUCAUUUUAUUUUACCUGAAAAUUUUAGUAUGCAUUUCUGAAUGUUAAGCACAUUUAAAAUAAAUACUACAACCAUACCAUUUUCACACAUGACAAAAUUAGUAAUUUCUCUCAUCUAAUAGCCCAUGAACAAAUUUCCCUUAUUAUUUAAGAUGUUUUUAUUCAAUUGAGGAUUCAAAUAAGGUCUAGACAUUGCAUUUGUCUGUGAUUUUCCCUAAGUUUCAUUUACGGUAUAACACUUUUCCUCUUUUUUAUUAAUGCCUUUAAUUUGUUGGUGAAACCUUGUGACAUUGGACCAGGACAAGUCCUGUGAAAUCUUCUGUGUUAUAGAUUUGACUGAAUACUUCCCUAUAAUGAACUUAACUUAUUCUCUAGUCCUCUUUUUUGUAAAUGGUAGUUAGAUCUUGAAGCCAUGAUUAAAUUCAGAUUUAAUUUUUAGGCAAGAACAUUUCAUGGGUGGUGCUGCUGUGUACUUUUUAUUAGACUGCUUCAUAAGGCUUGUUAUGUGAUUAUCUCAAUUUUAUUGAUGCUAAAAUUGAUCAGUAGAUUGUUAUUAAUCUGCUCACUUGAUUAUAAAGUUCCUCAUCAACCUUUCAUCUAUUACUUUUAGUCUCCAAUUAUGAUUUUUGCAUAGCCCCAUCAUUUUAUUAGAAUUUGCAAAAAUUGUGAUUAUUCUAAAGUUAUUUUUUUCUGUCUCAUUCAUUUCUAUUCUCAUGAAUAAGAAUUUUAUUAACUAUUAAGUUAUACUGAAAUGCAGUUUGUACUGGGAGAGCAGAAUAAAUGCUUACAUUUUUUUCUUUUUCGAUGUUCAGGCAGAGUUGGUGCCAUAGUAAAUCCUAGUGUGAUUAAUGUUUCUUUUUUAAAAAUGCCAUUACAAACUCAGAUUUUAAUGUGUUUUGGUGUGUUUCAGUCUACUCUAGAUUAUUUUUUUCUGAUCCUUAGUAUUUUCCAUCUUAGACUACUGGGAGUUCCUAGAAGUUCACUUCUAUGUCCUCAUUAAUCUCUGACAACUUCAACAUUGCAGGCAUAAGCUGUCUUAGGCUUACCUUAUACAUUUUCUGCCACAAACCUGGACCAGCUACCUUCCCUCCCUAUCUUUCACAUAGUCCCUUCAACAUGGUAGAUCUCAGAAUGUUCUUGUUUCUAUGAUACACCAAUUCUGUAAUUAGAGGUUCUAUAGCUUUAUAAUAAAGAACUCUAAUCUCUAAUGGUUACCUUCUUUGUUUUCUGCUUCUUUUCCAAGAUCAUGACUGAGAGAUUGUUAAUAAAAGCAUUGAGUGGUGGUAAAAACACUAAGAUCAUUACUUUGAAUGGGAAGAAGAUAACAAAGAUGCCCUCAGCAUUAGGAAAACUGCCUGGCCUGAAGACUCUAGCCCUUCAAAAUAACCUAAUCCCCAAAGUGUGCCCAGAGUUAUGCAAUUUAACCCAGUUGACAACACUAAAUCUGGGAAACAACCUUUUAGAAGAAGUUCCAGAAGAGAUGAAAUAUCUUGUAUCUCUGAAGAACCUCCAUUUAGCUGGAAAUAGGAUCUGUAGAUUUGCACCUGGAGCAUGUGAUGGCUUACAAAAUUUAAUCCUGCUUAAUCUGAACAACAAUCAUCUUACGCAGCUUCCUCAAGAAGUCAACAGAUUAAAAAGUCUUACUCAUAUGAGUAUAAAUUUUAACCAACUAGCCAGCAUUCCUAGAGAACUUUGUUUUCUUAAGAAUCUUUCUGAACUUCAACUUAACUACAAUGAGCUAAAAUGCAUACCUGAAGAGAUUAAGUUCUUGAAGAAGCUUCAGAAACUUUUGCUAGCCAGAAACAACAUUGGAGUUUUGCCAAAGGAACUUUGUGAUCUUAAAAAACUCAGAAUCCUAGACAUAGCGGGAAAUAUUAUUCGGAUAUUUCCAUCAGGAGUAUCUGCCCACCUGUGGGACCUUGGGCUGUUUUCUCAUUUUGGCUAUUGCUGCUAUGAGCAUGGGUAUACAAACAUUUGUUCUUUACUUUCAGUUCCUCUGGGAACAUACUCAGAUAAAAUUGUUGAGUCAUAUGGUAAUUCUGUGUUUAAUUUUUUAAAGAAUCACCACAGUGUUUCCAAAAAUGUGUAGAUUUGAAUGUUUAGUACAAAUUGGAUAUUGCUAAUAUUGACCUCGAAAAUGUGACAUGAUUUUACUUAUCCCCUGGGUCUUAAUUUAACUCUCUAUGUCCUGUGAUGCCUGCUUGACUUCCAAAACAGCCUUUUGGUGCCACUUCUUUGAUACCACUGGUGCCACUACUACUUCUAUGGUACCUUCUUGUGCCACUUUUUCUGUGGUAUUUCGACGAUAUACUUGGGCAACAUAAUGGAGUAAUUCAUUUCAAGUCUUUCUUGCCCUUGGAUGGUAAGCUUCCAGAGAAAGAAUACUCUUUUUUACAAAUUAGUCAUUUUUUUUUUUUGAAAUUCAUAUGGCUUUUGAACAUUUGAAACUAUAUUUUCACCAGGACUUUUCUAUAAACACUUUCCUUAAAUGAAUAUUCUUCAAUUAUAUGAUUUUUAAUCAUUGGCUGUUCUUCUACCUUUUCUUUAUAAUAUCUUCACUUUUUCUAACAUUUUUAUUUAUUACCGGAAUUAGAAUUGGAUUUUGAAUGAACAAGCUUUUGAGAACAAGGAUGAUCUGAAAUAAAAUGUCUUUUAUUUGUAUCUCUCUUUAAGAGAAUAAUAUUUCUGAAGUAUGGCACCUUUAGUGGACAGUGGACAAUCUGUGGUAACACUGCUGGUUGUUCAGCUAGUGCAGGAAAUAGUGAUGCUUGUUAUAUUAGUUUCCUAGGGUUGCUAUAGCAAAGUAUCAUAAACUGGGGCUUAAAGGAGCAUGGCUUUGUUUUCUCUUCUUAGAAUGAUACCAGUCCUUGGAUUGUGGACCACUGUAAUCCAGUAUGACCUCAUUUUAGCUAAUUACAUCUGCAAAGACUCUGUUUCCAAAUAAAUUCACCCUCUAAGGUUCAGAGUGGAUAUGACUCUUGGGGGACACUAUUUAACCCGUUAUACUUUGAUAGAACAUUGAGUUUGUUACUCUAUUCAGUGUCUGCUAGGGCAAUUGAUAUAAAUAUUGUUGAUGAGGUUUAUAUGACAUUCCAAUUUCAUAAACACUUACUGAGUACCUUCUCUGUUGCCAAGCUUUCUUCUAAUCUGGGGAAGCAGGUAAACAAAUAUGGAUGUUGCUGUCUAGAAACUUUGGAAUUUGUGUUUGAAAAAAUCUCUAAACAUUGAAGUGAACCCUGGAGAUAUCAUAAGAACAAGAUAAAUGCAUGAUUUUUAAUGGCUGACAGAAAUUUAAAAUUAGAAAAAUCAAAGAUACUGGCAUUAAUUAACUUGAAGAAAGAAGCAAGUCAGGUAGGUGGUAAUUUCAUUGUUGAUUUCAAAAUACUAAGGAGAAAGUGGCCUGUUGCCUUCAUAAGUUUUGACAAUGGAUCAAGAAAAAACUUCUUAUUAUUUACCACUAAAGGAAUAGACUAUCAUCAUGGGAUUUCUGGGAAGAAAGGAUUACUAAUCUCUUUCUUUAGGGCAGAAAACUUGGUCUCUUAAGUAGUUGUGAUUCAGUCUUUUCAACAGAAAAAAAAGCAAAUCACUGAAAUUUUAUAGUUCCUUUGAAACAAUUUUUAAAAAAUCUUUUUAUCACAGGUCUUCUUUCUCUGGCUCCUCUUUCUCUCAGGAGCCCAGUUAUUUUUCAAACUGCAAUCAUUUGAAGAGAAAGAUGACCUGACAAAAGUGAGAAAAAGUUUUAAUGAUCAUCACCAGGAGGCAUCAUGAGGUUUGUCUUAGAUGUGAAGUUUGUAGCAAAAUAUCAUAUAUAAAACAUUGCAGACCAAACAGAAAACUUCACAUUUCAGUAAGCUCUUGGUUAGAAUCCUCCAUUAGCAAUCUAUCUGAGGACCUGUAGUAUUAUGACUACUUUUCAAAUUCACGAGUAGUGUUCAAAGUUAUCUUUCUGGAUCAAUACUUUGCCAUUAUCUAGAAAUUUGCAAGUUACCAAAUCUAUCUGAUAUUGAAUAAUCCCUUGAAGAAGACAGAUUUGUUACCAUUAUUCCCAUUUGGAGCUGAGGAUAUUGAGGCUCCAGAGAAGCAGUUUGUCUGUAGCAGUGACCCUCAAAUUUGAGUGUGCAUCUGAAUCCCCUGGAUGGCUUUUUGAAACCCAGAAGGCUAGGCCCUCCCUCAAGGGUUCUGAGUCAGUAGGUUGGGGAUCCCACAGGUUUGCAUUUCCAUUAUGUUCUUGGGUAAUGCUGAGGCUGUAAGUCUGGGAACCACACUUGGAAAACCAUUGCCCUGAAGGAUGGAACAGUAGCAGAGCUUGAACUUGCACUCAAGACUUUUGGCUACAUGCUAAGGACUCCCACUGCCUCUGAGGAAUCCAUUCAUUGUCUCAGGUUGGGACAGUCCCUGUAAUGCUAUACAAAUAAGGCCUUUCUUUAAGCUUCCUGGGAGUCUGGGUUCUGAGAAUUUCACUGUGUCCUUGACUAAAAUGUUACUCAAGGAACAUUCUUUGGGCAAUAGAAUUCUCGUAUACUCUGAAAAAUAUUUCACGUAGAAACUAGGAUUUUGGUAUGUGAACACAAGGAAUGCCUAUAUGGUUGGGGGCUGAGUUUUAUAUGUUUAAUUUGGUUAGCCUUCUUUUUGGCCACACUGUGGAUGUACUCAGUGCAUAUAUGCCAUUAACAAAACUUCUUGAACAUUUAUUCAUUAGCCAAUCUAAAAAUUGGAGAGAUUUUUUAGCAUGUGAAUUUAACACUAAAUUUUAUUUUGGAGAAAUUUGGGGAAGGCCAAAUCUUUACCUUGCUACUUUCAUUUCUGAAUUUUGUCUAUAAGGUUCCCCCUUUGCAUCGGGUGGUUAUAGUUUGGAAGUGAAACUCAAGUGUAGCUAAAACAUUUACAAGGAUACAGAUAAAUGUGACAACUUAUGAGAAAGUGCUUUCUUAAGAGUAGACACUUAAGAAAUGUGCUUUAAAAGAUGUAAAUUAUACCCAAUGCUACAUUUUCCACAGUUGCUGCUUUCUUUCAAUUUCAAAGUCAUGAUAUUAACAUUCAUGUGAAUCUGUAGCUUCCAUAAACACAUUCUGUGUCAAAGUUAAGAAUCUUAAGUAUUUGUAUAUCCCUAAGGUUUGUAGGCACACACUGUUUUUGUAAGAAAAAAAAAAAUAUAAAGAGGGAAAGCCUCAUGCAGUGAUGUUGUCAUGAGAAAAAUUAUGCUUGGGCUAUUUAUGGGAAAUCAUAGUUAUAGCACCUAUUCCAUUUCAUCAAUGCCCCCUUUUUCCUUCAAGAAUUCUUUAGAGUUAUCAUAAAUCAAAUUUGAGAAUAGUGGAAGCAGUUUCCUCUUUUACAGUAUGAGAAACACAGCAGGAAAAAGAAUGGAAGCAACUUUCCCAGAAACACAAAUCAUUUGAAUAGUCAGGAGAAGAUUUGAAUCCAUUUUUCCCAAGCCAAAAUUAAAUUUGCCUAGCUUAACAGUGUACCCAUUAUGUGACAUUGGACAGGUCUUGUAUCAUCACAUUGCUAGGAAAGUGUCUCACACAACAGUUCGUGGUUAGUAAUGAUAGAAUGAGUGAAUUAUUAAAUGAGAUAAUGUAUAUGAAUUAUUAUUAGUGUUUGGCACAUGAUAGAUAUUGAAUGUUGUUUUCUUGUCAUUUUAAGGUUUGGUCUGAGAUACCUUCCCUUCAAUCCACCCCAAAUUUAGGGUUAUCUCUGAAGGCUUUCAAAGCCAUGAUAUCACCUGAAUGAUUGUAACUUGCAACUGUUAAGGUAACCAACUGAUCUUUACCCAAGGGUGUACAAGAGUGGCUGGUUUCAGCAGUACACACAUACUGCUUCCUAUUCCCCAGGUUGUCUUUGCCCUGUUCCAGGUUAUUUUCUUCUGCGGAUUCCUUUACAUUCUUUAGUCUUACCUUCUUUGGGCAGCAAAACAGAACCAAUAAACUAUCUCCCUGAAGGGGUCUCUUUUCCCUGGCUCUUUGCCUUUGGUUUUCCGUUUAUUUAUGUCUUAUCCUUUCCCUCUCCCUCUUGGUUCAUUUGGUUUCUGUUUGCCAGACCAGAUCAGAUUCCUCUGGAAAUAGGACCUCUCAUUACUGAAUUCCCUGUGCCUUAGACACUUCACUUAACUUGUUGCCUACUACUUAUUCUGAUGUCUCUUCUUUCUUUGGAUAUUUUUAAUUUAAAAGGAUUUCUCUUUUCAUAGCCAAUGCUGAAUGAUUUUGAUCCACACCAGUGUAAGCUUAUCUUGCUAUAAUGUCCUUGGGUUCAGACGCUUGCCUGAUGUCUAGCAUGGUACAUACCCUGGUUUGCUGUCAUUUUCUGUCUAAUUCAAAUAGUCCCAGUACUCCCGGUAUCAUCUAUAUCUAUAUCAUCUAUAUCUAUAU